AUGCUCUCCCUCCGCGCUUUCUCCAGCCCUCUCCCCAGGCAGUGCCUGCGUGCGGCUCCUCGCGCUGCCGCCACCUGGUCCAUCUCUAACCAGCGAUUCUACUCUAGCGCCGGCGACCGUGUCGCCAAGUACGAGGGCACCAAGGACUCCAAGGGUAACUACCUGGUGAGCUUCAUUGAGGGUGAUGGCAUUGGCCCCGAAAUCGCCGUUUCCGUCAAGGACAUCUUCGCCGCCGCUAAGACCCCCAUUACUUGGGAAUCCGUUGAUGUCACCCCCAUCCUCAAGGAUGGCAAGACUGCUAUCCCCGAUGCCGCCAUUGAGAACAUCAACAAGAACAAGAUUGCCCUCAAGGGUCCCCUCGCUACUCCCAUCGGCAAGGGCCACGUCUCCCUAAACCUUACUCUUCGUCGUACCUUCAACCUCUUCGCCAACCUCCGACCUUGCCGCUCGGUCGCUGGCUACAAGACUCCCUACGACAACGUCAACACCGUCCUGAUCCGUGAGAACACCGAGGGCGAGUACUCUGGUAUCGAGCACGUUGUCGUCGAUGGUGUCGUCCAGAGCAUCAAGCUCAUCACCCGCGAGGCUAGCGAGCGUGUCCUCCGUUACGCUUUCCAGCACGCCGAGUCCAUCGGUCGCAAGAAAGUCCGCGUCGUCCACAAGGCCACUAUCAUGAAGAUGUCCGACGGUCUCUUCCUCAAGGUCGCCAACGAUGUUGCCAAGGACUUCCCCAACAUUGAGUUCGAUGCUGAGCUCCUCGACAACACCUGCCUCAAGAUGGUCACUGACCCUCUCCCCUACAACGACAAGGUCCUUGUCAUGCCUAACCUCUACGGUGACAUUCUCUCCGACAUGUGCGCCGGUCUCAUUGGUGGUCUUGGUCUCACCCCCUCCGGCAACAUUGGUGACGAGUGCUCCAUCUUCGAGGCCGUCCACGGUUCCGCCCCUGAUAUCCAGGGCAAGGCUCUCGCCAACCCUACUGCGCUGCUCCUUUCUUCCAUCAUGAUGCUUCGUCACAUGAGCCUCAACCAGCACGCCGACAAGAUUGAGAAGGCCAUCUUCGACACUCUUGCCGAGGGCAAGGCUCUCACCGGCGACCUGGGUGGCAAGGCCAAGACCCACGAGUACGCCCAGGCCAUUAUCGACAAGCUGUAA